GGAGCGUGUUUUUUAAUCACCAUGGUGGGAACCGCUUUGUAGCAGCCCGAAGCCGGGCCAGGUUGGCCCGCUCUCUGCCCUUGUGACCAGGAAGAGCGUUUAGGGCGCUCAAGCCCGGGCGGCCGGACACAGCGAACUGCUUUGUGGCCUGUUUGAUUCUUAGCAAAAGUUCACCUGCCCAAGUCAGUAGUGAAAAUGCAUAUUAAGUCAAUCGUUCUUGAAGGAUUCAAGUCCUAUGCCCAGAGGACUGAAGUCAAUGGUUUUGAUCCCCUCUUCAAUGCUAUCACUGGUUUAAAUGGCAGUGGGAAAUCCAACAUAUUGGACUCCAUCUGCUUUUUGCUGGGCAUCUCCAACCUGUCUCAGGUUCGGGCUUCUAAUUUACAAGAUUUAGUUUACAAAAAUGGUCAGGCUGGUAUUACAAAAGCCUCGGUAUCAAUCACCUUUGACAAUUCUGACAAAAAGCAAAGUCCUUUAGGAUUUGAAGUUCAUGAUGAAAUUACAGUAACAAGGCAGGUGGUUAUUGGUGGCAGAAAUAAAUAUUUAAUCAACGGAGUAAAUGCAAACAAUACCAGAGUACAGGAUCUCUUUUGUUCUGUUGGCCUUAAUGUUAACAACCCUCACUUUCUCAUCAUGCAGGGCCGAAUCACAAAAGUAUUGAACAUGAAACCUCCAGAGAUUUUGUCCAUGAUAGAAGAAGCAGCUGGAACCAGGAUGUAUGAAUACAAAAAAAUAGCUGCCCAGAAAACUAUAGAAAAAAAGGAGGCUAAGCUGAAAGAAAUUAAGACGAUACUUGAAGAAGAAAUUACUCCAACCAUUCAAAAAUUAAAAGAGGAAAGAUCUUCCUACUUGGAGUAUCAAAAAGUAAUGAGGGAGAUAGAACAUUUGAGUCGUUUAUAUAUUGCUUAUCAAUUUUUGCUGGCUGAAGAUACCAAAGAACGCUCAGCUGAGGAGUUAAAAGAAAUGCAAGAUAAAGUUCAAAAGCUUCAAGAGGAAUUGUCUGAGAAUGAUAAAAAAAUAAAAGCACUUAAUCAUGAAAUUGAAGAGUUGGAAAAAAGAAAAGAUAAGGAAAUUGGAGGUAUACUCCGAUCCUUAGAAGAUGCUCUUGCAGAAGCUCAACGUGUUAAUACUAAAUCUCAAAGUGCCUUUGAUCUCAAGAAGAAAAAUCUGACAAGUGAAGAGAACAAACGCAAAGAGCUGGAAAAAAAUAUGAUUGAGGAUUCUAAAACUUUAGAAGCAAAGGAAAAAGAGGUUAAAAAGAUAACAGAUGGGCUGAACACCCUCCAAGAAGCAAGUAAUAAAGAUGCCGAAGCUUUGGCUGCAGCACAGCAGCACUUCAAUGCUGUUUCCGCUGGCCUGUCCAGUAAUGAGGAUGGAGCAGAAGCAACUCUUGCUGGUCAAAUGAUGGCUUGUAAAAAUGACAUAAGUAAAGCUCAGACGGAAGCCAAACAGGCUCAGAUGAAGUUGAAACAUGCCCAACAAGAAUUAAAGACUAAACAAGCUGAAGUUAAGAAGAUGGAUAGUGGCUACAGGAAGGAUCAAGAAGCUUUAGAGGCCGUGAAGAAACUUAAAGAAAAACUUGAAGCCGAAAUGAAAAAGCUAAAUUAUGAAGAAAACAAGGAGGAAAGCCUUCUGGAAAAGCGAAGGCAGUUAUCACGUGAUAUCAGUAGAUUGAAAGAAACAUAUGAAGCUCUCUUGGCCAGAUUUCCCAAUCUUCAAUUUGCUUACAGAGAUCCAGAAAAGAACUGGAAUAGAAAUUGUGUGAAAGGACUUGUAGCUUCUUUGAUUAGUGUGAAAGAUACUUCUGCAACCACAGCUUUAGAAUUGGUGGCUGGGGAACGACUCUACAAUGUUGUAGUAGAUACAGAGGUUACUGGAAAAAAGCUACUAGAAAAGGGGGAAUUGAAGCGUCGAUACACUAUAAUUCCACUCAACAAAAUUUCAGCCACAUGUAUUGCUCCAGAAACUCUGAGGAUUGCUCAGAAUCUUGUUGGCCCUAACAACGUUCAUGUGGCUCUUUCCCUCGUUGAAUACAAACCAGAACUUCAGAAAGCAAUGGAAUUUGUCUUUGGAACAACUUUUGUUUGUGACAAUAUGGACAAUGCAAAAAAGGUAGCCUUUGAUAGAAGGAUAAUGACUAGAACUGUAACUCGAGGAGGUGAGGUAUUUGAUCCUCAUGGGACAUUGAGUGGAGGUGCUCGAUCCCAGGCGGCUUCUAUUUUAACCAAAUUUCAAGAGCUCAAAGAUGUUCAAGAUAAGCUGAGAAUCAAGGAGAAUGAGCUACGGGCCCUAGAAGAGGAAUUAGCUGGUCUUAAAAACACUGCUGAAAAGUAUCACCAACUAAAACAGCAGUGGGAGAUGAAAAGUGAGGAGGCGGAUUUAUUACAAACCAAGCUCCAGCAAAGCUCAUAUCACAAGCAACAAGAAGAAUUAGAUGCUCUUAAAAAAACUAUUGAGGAAAGUGAGGAGACCUUAAAAAACACCAAAGAAAUUCAAAAAAAAGCAGAAGAAAAGUAUGACGUAUUAGAGAAUAAAAUGAAAAAUGCAGAAGCUGAAAGAGAAAAAGAACUGAAGGAUGCUCAGAAAAAACUUGAUUGUGCCAAAACAAAAGCAGAUGCUUCCAGCAAGAAAAUGAAAGAAAAACAACAGGAGGUUGAAGCUAUCACUCUGGAGCUGGAAGAGCUCAAGAGAGAGCAUGCAUCCUGUGAACAACAGCUUGAAGCUGUAAAUGAAGCUAUCAAAUCCUAUGAAGGUCAGAUAGAAGUAAUGGCCAUUGAGGUGGCUAAAAAUAAGGAGUCAUUAAAUAAAGCUCAAGAAGAGAUGACCAAGCAAAAAGAAGUGAUAACAGCCCAAGACAAUGUAAUUAAAGCUAAAUAUGCAGAAAUGGUGAAGCAUAAGGAACAAAACAAUGACUCUCAACUUAAAAUUAAGGAACUGGACCACAACAUCAGCAAACAUAAGCGGGAAGCUGAAGACGCUGCUGCAAAGGUAUCCAAAAUGUUGAAAGAUUAUGACUGGAUUAAUGCGGAGAAACACCUCUUUGGGCUACCCAAUAGUGCCUAUGAUUUCAAGACUAACAACCCAAAAGAAGCUGGUCAGAGACUUCAGAAGUUGCAAGAAAUGAAGGAAAAACUAGGAAGAAAUGUCAACAUGCGAGCUAUGAAUGUACUGACAGAAGCGGAAGAGCGGUACAAUGAUUUGAUGAAGAAGAAGAGAAUUGUAGAAAAUGACAAAUCCAAAAUACUUGCAACUAUAGAAGACCUUGACCAGAAGAAAAACCAAGCCCUAAAUAUCGCUUGGCAAAAGGUAAACAAGGACUUUGGGUCUAUUUUUUCCACUCUUUUGCCUGGUGCUAAUGCUAUGCUUGCACCACCAGAGGGGCAAACUGUAUUGGAUGGUCUGGAGUUCAAGGUUGCCUUAGGAAAUACUUGGAAAGAAAAUCUAACUGAACUUAGUGGUGGUCAGAGGUCUUUAGUGGCUUUGUCAUUAAUAUUGUCCAUGCUCCUCUUCAAACCUGCUCCAAUUUACAUCCUGGAUGAGGUUGAUGCAGCCUUGGAUCUUUCUCACACCCAGAAUAUUGGACAGAUGCUACGUACUCAUUUCACACAUUCUCAGUUCAUUGUGGUGUCCCUAAAGGAAGGUAUGUUCAACAAUGCAAACGUCCUCUUCAAAACCAAGUUUGUGGAUGGUGUUUCUACAGUAGCCAGAUUUACUCAAUGUCAGAAUGGAAAAGUUCCAAAGGAAACCAAGUCCAAAGCAAAAGGACCUAAAUGAACACAUUUGGAAGUUAGAAGUAUGAAUUUACGCCUUCACCUGAUUUUUAAACAUAAACUUUUUAAGAACUUGGGAUUUAUCUAAUUUGUUUAUAUAAAGAUUUAAUGUUAUUUUUGUAACUUAAUUCAUAUUUUCUCUUCCCUUAUAUAAUCACUUACAAAUGAGCAUGAUUCUGCUUUUCUUGAUUAGUGUAACUAUAGCCCAAUUACUGUGAUUGUGAUUUUAUGCAUGUCCUCAAUUAUUUUUCUUACACAAGUCAUAUAUUAGGCAGCCUGAGAUACCUGUUGGGUGGGAAAUUCUGUUUGUAAAAGAAAACUACAAAGAGAAACAGGUGAAAUUAGAUUAUAAGAUAAAUAUAGCUGAUAAUCAGCUUUUAGUUUAAUUCCUAAGAUGAUAUGUGUUUUCUAUUGCUAAUGAAGUCAUUUAGGUAAGGAAGAAUUAAAAAGCAAAUAGCUGGACCAACAAAGGGAGCACAGAGGAAGGUAUUAGGCAGGUUCUUGAGCUAUUUGUGGUUAGUUCCUUGAGAACACAAUACUAGAUCCCUGAUUUAGACUCCAAUGACUGAAAUCUUUCAAGAUCUGUGUAACAUUUUAUGAUGUUUGGAUAUCAUGUUUCUGUUUACUCAGUAAUUGAUCUGUGCAUUCAUACUUUUUUUAAAAAACAAUCUUUAUAAAUAUUUCAGUAGAAGCUUAGGAAAAAGAUGUGCUGCAUGCUGCUCUAUGGGGCAAAUUUCAGAGCUUUUUGUCAGCCUUUCCCAAUCCAGUCAGUAACAAUCUAUUAGAUCCAUCUGAUCUACCAAAAGAAUUCCAAAUUUGAAGAUUGUUGUGUUUCUUAGUGUCUUCUACUUUCCAGUUCAAAAGAAUGGUGUUUCUCCAAAAACACAAAAGAUUGUGUUAACCGUAGAAUAAAAUAGUUUUUAGUGUCUAUAGGUAUAUCACCUGUGUCUCCAAACUCUGAAUCUUGAAGCUCUGACAUGGUCUGAUCUUUGAUAUGUUAUUUUGAUCCCACAUCCCUUCUUCAUGCUCAGUUGUAGUUCCUUUGUGUUAUCCUUUCCUUGGCCCUGGAUUUAACAUUUCUCAUUCUUCAUCCUCAUGCAUAUGUGAGGAUGUCAGAUUAUGCCCAGGUAAAUGAUAUUAUGGGACACAUUGGAAUUAGUUCUGACUAUUGUGGGAGACUAGGGAGACAAAGCUGUAAGUGCUGAGUUAUAGGAAGCCCAAUAUCACAGAACAAACAUAAGAAGAUUUUUAUUUUCUUUCAAUGUAUAGCAACUUGUUUGCCCAAAACAGUUUACACUGUCACCAGUAUAGUAUACCUGUUGACCACAACCUAGUCAGCACGGCUAUUAAUUUUAUUUCUUGUGAUUUACUAGUUAUAAAAUGGUACUUGGUUGCUGUUUUAACUAGCAUUGUAUAAAUAAACCUGUGGGGUUGAAUAUUUUGCCAUAUGCACUAAUUUUCUUUCCUCUGCUACAAAUUUUCUACUUGUUUGCUUUCCUAAUUUUUGUCUUAUAUAUAAUUUGCUCUUUGAUCAAAAUCCUUGAACAUUAAAUUUUUGUGAAUAAUGUUGUUAUUCUUUGAUUAGAGGGAACACAUUAAGUGGGAUGGGGACACAAUUUCACACAUCCACAAUAAUAUAAGUAACUGACAUUUAUUGGGCUCUUUUUAUACAUCAGACACUAUUCUCACAUGCACAUAUUUUCACAUUUAAUCCAUUACUAACCAGUGAGGUAAGUACUAUUGUUUUCAGCAUUAUAUAAUUGAGGAAAUUAAAUUGAGCAGAGAAGUUAAGACACUUGCCCAUAGUGAUAGUACAGUUUAGUGGCAGAGCAAGAUACACAUUUUGGCAGUUGGUCUCCAGAACCCAUGAUAUACUACCUCUAAGAUAGCUUGAAAUUUGUAUGUAUUGUACAUAAUACAUUUAAGAGAUACUUAGAUGAGCAGUAUGUACAACAUGUGAAAAUUUUCUGUAGGAAGAAC